AUGGCUAUGGGAGGUGACGGCGAUGCUCGAGGAGCAACACAGCUCAAAUAUAACGGCACAGGUGCAACAGGCGCAAAUCCGCUCGAUAUGGAUGUCAAUAUCUGGUAUGAGCCUGGAGACAUUGCCUGGAUGCUCUCGGCCACAGCUUUAGUAUUGUUAAUGAUUCCCGGAGUCGGCUUCUUCUAUUCAGGCCUCGCCCGUCGGAAGUCGGCUCUCUCGCUUAUAUGGCUUUCUGUGAUGAGCGCCGCAGUAACGACCUUCCAAUGGUUCUUCUGGGGCUACUCACUCACAUUCUCACACACGGCCGGGCCAUUCAUUGGUGACCUGGCAAACUUUGGCUUCCGCGAUGUCCUGGCCCGGCCUUCGGUCGGUUCGGCCCAUGUACCUGACAUGCUCUUCGCCGUCUACCAGGGCAUGUUCUCCGCCUUGACCGUGGCCCUUGCGACCGGCGCCGUCGCCGAGCGCGGCCGAAUGCUCCCCUGCAUCAUCUUCAUCUUCGUGUGGGCCACUGUCGUCUACGACCCCAUCGCCUGCUGGACCUGGAACCCCAAUGGCUGGUCUAACAAGAUGGGCGGCCUUGACUUUGCUGGCGGUACCCCUGUGCAUAUCGCCUCGGGAAGCGCCGCCCUGGCUUAUUCCAUGAUGCUGGGCAAGCGAAGUGGCCAUGGAACACAGGAGCUCAACUAUCGUCCUCACAAUGCUACUCACAUCGUCACUGGAACGGUCUUUCUCUGGGUUGGAUGGUUCGGUUUCAAUGCUGGUUCUGCCCUCUCAGCUAACCUCCGCGCGGUUAUGGCGGCUCUGGUGACUAACCUUGCUGCCUGUGUGGGUGGCAUGACCUGGUGUCUUUUGGACUACCGCCUGGAGAGGAAGUUCUCCACUGUCGGCUUUUGCUCUGGCGUUGUUGCUGGCCUAGUUUGCAUCACCCCUGGCUCUGGAUAUGUCCCUCCUUGGGCUGCUGUCAUCUUCGGUGUUGUAGGCGCUGCUGGCUCUAACUAUGCUACCAAGUUCAAAUUCCUCCUCGGAGUCGACGACGCUCUCGACAUCUUUGCAGUUCACGGUGUCGGCGGUCUGAUUGGCAACAUCUGCACCGCCUUCUUCGCCAGUCCGACUAUCGCUGCCCUCGACGGCUACUCUCACAUCAAGGGUGGUUGGGUUGAGCGUCAUUGGGCGCAGAUGGGUUAUCAGCUCGCCGAUUCUGUUUGCGGAGGCCUGUACUCUUUCGUGGUCACAUGCACCAUCCUAUUCAUUAUGAAUCUUAUUCCCGGUCUGCGUCUACGCGUCGACGCAGACGCCGAACUCCAGGGCAUUGACGACGCUGAGAUUGGCGAGUUCGCCUACGACUACGUUGAGCUCACUAGGGAGGUGGUCAACGAUAUCGACAACGAGUCCGGUAGCCGGUACUCGGCUGACCCUACCGCGUUCCAGCAUUACGAGAAGAACCACAUCCCUAUGAUCGAUGCUCGCAUGUUUGGUGGCCAGCCUGCGCAUACACCUGUGACCUUCCCUCAGUGA